GCCAUAACUUGCUGCAGAAUCCCAUCGUGUUCAUAUCACACAACCUGCACAAGUUUCGAGGAAUAAACGCGGGAGUUUAUAACGCACCGACCCCGAUCUGUUUCUAUCUCGAGCUGCAGCGCGCUUCCGGUAGGGGUGACAUCACAUCAGAGUGUUUCCGGCGUGUUUUAUGUUUUAGUGAGUUAAGUCCAGAUUAAGCGUCCGAAACUGCAGACAGCUUCUGUUACCACGGAAAACUCUUAAAUUAUAGGUGUUUGGGGGAGAUGUCGUCUUUCUCUGAGUCUGCUCUGGAGAAGAAGCUCUCAGAGUUGAGUAACUCGCAGCAGAGCGUUCAGACUCUCUCGCUGUGGAUCAUUCACCAUCGCAAACACUCCUCGCUCAUCGUGAAAGUGUGGCACAGAGAGCUGAAGAAAGCUAAGACCAGCAGGAAGUUGACGUUUCUCUAUCUGGCGAAUGACGUGAUUCAGAACAGUAAGAAAAAGGGGCCGGAGUUCACCAAAGACUUUGAAACCGUGUUGGUUGAUGCCUAUUCACAUGUGGCGAGCAGGGUAGGAGAUGACAACUGCAAAAGGUCCAUGGAGAGGCUUUUGAAUAUCUGGCAGGAGCGAAGCCUCUACCGUUCAGACUUCAUACAGCAGCUCAAAUUGGCCAUUGAGGAUUCGGACAGCCCGAAACACAAGCCUGCAGAUGGGAGGAAAAACUUAAAGAGAAGCUACCAGAAGAUCCAAGAGGAAGAAGAGGAGGAAGAUGAUGAUUACAGGGCUCAAUAUUCUCCACAAGAGACUGAUGCUGCUGCUCCUCAGCUGACCGAGGAACUGGUGAAAGCCCUUCAGGACCUCGAGAAUGCGGCGUCCGGCGAUGCAGCCGUUAGACAGAAGAUCGCCUCCUUGCCGCAGGAAGUGCAGGACGUCUCUCUUCUCGAGAAGAUCACAGAUAAACUGGCAGCAGAUAAACUCUCAAAGACGGUAGAUGAGGCGUGUCUCCUGCUGGCCGAGUAUAAUGGACGUCUGGCGGCCGAGUUAGAAGACCGACGGCAGCUAGCCCGUAUGCUAACAGAAUACAUCCAAAGCCAGAAAGAAGCACUCAGUGAGAGGGAGAAGAAACUGGAGGAAUUCAAGCAAAAACUCGCUCGGGUCACACAAGUGCGCAAGGAACUUAAAUCCCACAUCCAAAGUCUUCCAGACCUGUCUCUCCUCCCUAAUGUGACCGGUGGUCUCGCCCCGCUCCCGUCCGCCGGAGAUCUCUUUUCCACUGACUGAACGUCUGUCAAGCGCUGGCCCUCUGAGACUCAAAGUCCCUCUAAGAUCUGAGACUUCAGAAAUAACAGAACCAAGAGCGGAGCCCGAUUCUGAUGCCACCAGCCGAACGCUCUCUUUUGGUGAUUUUCCUGCAAGAGCGAAACUUCGACGCCAUCGAACUCAUCAGUCAAUUUGAAUGAAAUGUGAUUCAGAGUGUGAAAGUUUUCCUGUGAGUGAAGUUGUUGUGAAAAAGGAAAAGCCUUUGCUUUGUGUUAUGUCAGUAGAUAUUUAGUUUUAUGGCUUCCGUGGAUAACUUUGCGUUUGUGGUUUUGGAAACGACCUGAACGUGAGAAUUAAAUUUUAAACAAAGUCACUGUUACAGACUGAGUUCAUGAUAUCACCAGACAUAAGACAAGGAUCAUUAUUAGCUGGUAUAUAUUUGGUUUCAUUUAUCGCUAAUAUUUGCUGAAAAGAAUAUAGUACGAUCCUAUUAAUUGAUAAAUAAAUGAAUGUCAGGAAUAACCAGUUUAACAAUGAUACAACAUUAAGUCUUUGCUAUCAGGUUUGUUUUAUUGUCACUGUAUGUUUAUGUAACUAACCAUGGCCAAACAAUUCAGUUCAGAAUGACCAUUUCUAAAGUUUAAGUUUUUAAUUUUUGUUGACUUUUUUAGGGCUUUUUGGGAAAAGCUAUUCAUUAUGUUCUGUGAAUAUUUCAGUACACAGAAGAAUUAGCUUAUAUUCUGCAACAACCAUCAUGAAUUCAUUGAUUCAUAUUUGUUUGCAUCAUAAAGAGAAACUCAUUCUUGUAGUCAUAUUUUGUUUUUAAUUUCUUCAGUUGGCACAUUUAGUGGAGUCAAUAAAUUUUACAACUAGA